ACGCAGAUGCACCUGUACAAACGGCAUAUGCGCACUAGAAGGGAUGAAAAGGGGUGAAUGUAUAUGACAACAUAAACCUGGAUAAUAUUUUAUAGUAGUAACAAAAUUGCAACAUGUCCAGACUGUCAUUGUCACAGAUUCAAAAUGUCUUACCGAAUGCUGCUCCGAAGCAUGAACAUUUGUUAUUUGAGAUAGAAUCCACCGAUACAAGUAGUGUAGGUCUUGUUAUCAGAGCAAUUUACGAUGGACAUGAACAUCAGAAGUUUAUGGAAAAAUUGGAUGAAAGGGUGAAGAGUCAUGACAAGGAUAUAGAGCGGAUGUGUAAUCAUCAUUAUCAAGGAUUCAUUGAUUCUAUUCGAGAACUGCUCCAAGUUCGAACGCAAGCUCAACAAUUAAAUACUGUAAUAUUGGAGCUAGAUAAGCGUAUCAGUGCAACCUCAGCAAGUGUUAUAGAAAAAGGAGAAGAGUUAGUAAAGGCACGAAAAGUAGAGAGCAACAUGGCUGCUGCUGUAGAUAGUCUAACAAUGUGCCUUCCUGUAUUGGCAGCUUAUGCAAAGCUACAGAGACAACUGAAAGAUAAACGCUACUAUCCAGCACUGAAAACAUUAGAACAGUUGGAGCAUCAUGAUCUACCAAAAGUUACCAAUUACAGAUUUUCUUCGCAGAUCACACAGCAAAUUCCAUUAUUACGUGAAAACAUUAAAGACGCAUCAAUGACAGAUUUAAGAGAUUUUUUGGAAAACAUCAGAAAGUAUUCACCUAAAAUUGGUGAAGUCGCUAUGAGACACACUGCCGAACAACUUGUAAGCGAAGCUGAAAUAAUUGGUCGCAAAAAAAGGAGCCCUCAGACCAAUUCUUUAACAGGAGAAGCUGAGGAAGAACUGAGCGCCCAAGAUCUAAUGGAUUUUAGUCCAGUGUACCGUUGCAUGCAUAUUUACACUGUACUUCGUGAAGGCGAUACUUUCAAAGCUUAUUAUAGACAGCAAAGAAAGCAGCAAGCCAGAUUAGUCUUACAGCCUCCCAUCAACAUGCAUGAAAGUAUAACUGAGUAUCAGUCAUAUAUCCACGGUAUUUUGGGUUUCUUUGUCGUUGAGGAUCAUAUUCUUAAUACUGGUAAUGGAUUAGCUACCCGUUCUUAUUUAGAAGAGCUUUGGUCCAUGGCUUUAUCUAAAAUAGUAAACGCCUUACGCUCUCAUUCGGCGUAUUGUACAGACGCUACACUUAUUUUAAAGAUAAAAAAUCUCAUUAUGCUGUUCAACACUACUUUAAGAAAUUAUGGAUUCUCCGUGGGGCAACUUUGGGAUUUACUCCAAGAGAUUAGAGUGCACUAUAACGAAGUUCUGAUGCAACACUGGGUUCAAGUCUUUCGUAAUAUUCUGGACGAGGAUAGUUUCUUACCAAUUCAGGUUUCGUCGCAAGCAGAAUAUGACCAUGUCCUGGGUUCAUUCCCAUAUCAGGAUGAGGGAUGGCAGAGAGCCGAAUUCCCCAAAAAGUUUCCCUUCUCAGCUAUGGUCCCUAAAGUAUAUCAGCAGGUCAAGGAGUUUAUUUAUGCUUGUCUAAAAUAUUCAGAAGAUCUGAAUCUCACGCAAACGGAAAUUGACGAGAUGAUAUGCAAGUCAACGAAUUUACUAUUAACGAGAACCUUCAGCGGUUGCUUAUCCUCCUUAUUCCGAAAGCCUUCCUUAGCACUUUUGCAAGUGGUACAGAUUAUAAUAAACACCGGAUAUUUGGAGAAUUCAACGAAAUACUUGGAAGAGUUUGUUUCCAACAUUACUGGAACUCCACACGAAGGUCAAUUGAGUUGCGCAGGAGUACAGUCGACCAUGUUCAGAGUAGCUCGAGACGAUGCAGAGAAGCAAAUUUGUGACAAACUAAAGCAUAAACUGGAUGAAUUUUUGGAAUUAGAAAAUUACGAUUGGAAUUUGGCCGAACCGCAAGGACACGCAUCUGGUUUUAUUACGGAUCUUAUAGCAUUUUUGCAAAGUACCUUCACAUGCUUCACCAAUCUACCAGAGGAAGUUGCUCAGGUUGCAUGCAAAUCAGCAUGCUCCCACAUAGCAAAAGCCAUUUUAGGAAUACUAAUAAGUGAUGAUGUGAAGCAGAUCUCCAUGGGUGCCCUACAACAAGUUAACUUGGAUACAAUACAAUGUGAACAAUUCGCAGCAUCGGAACCUGUACUUGGCUUGCCGGAAGGUACAUUGCUACAGUAUUUCGCACAACUCAGACAAUUACUCGACUUAUUUAUGAGCUGGGAUUGGCCCACCUAUUUUCACGACUAUGGUCAAGACUCCAGCAAAUACAACCUUGUCACUCCGAACAUGGCCGUAUUAUUACUAGAGAAGCUUAGGGAAUCCGACAAGAAGACGGUAUUCUCAGUGCUCAAGAAAAGCGAGCGAGACAAAAAGAAACUCUUAGAAACAGUAUUGAAACAAUUGCGUCAAUUGGCAAUGACUACACAACAGCAGUAAUGUUACAUAGUUUAUCUCAUCGAAAAGGUAAGGAAAGCAGAUAGCAAGAAAAUAUGUAAAUAUGUAAUAUAAGUGCUUAUCUCGUGUAACUACAAAAAUUUAAGAAAUACAAUCUGAUAUUGCUAUAUAAAACAAAUAUACAACUAAAA